AUGUUCCUUUUUCGCCGAAUCGUUGCAUGUACAGCACCGCAUCGUCCAUUUUCGACCAAGACAACACAUGCCAAUUCAGCCAAGCUCGAUCGAUUGCAUGAACUUGCGACAACAGUCAAUGAGACGAGCAGCAAUAUAGAAAAAGCUCUCCGAGUCAAACGCUUUAUGCCUUGCUGUCAUUCCAUCAUGAAGCGCAUAUACGAUCCCCAUUCACGGUUCCAUAUAUCUUCACGGACUGUAUUGGCGUAUAUUGAACGACAAGGUGCAAAGAAAAACACACCAGCAGCAACAGCACCUACAACACUUGAAGCGUUACUGGAUGCGUUAGCGUCACGGCAACUGACAGGCAAUGCAGCACUUGAAGCAGCGGCCUCUUUUUACCUAUCUUAUUGUCAUACGGCUUCCCAGCAGCAAAUCUUUUGUCGUAUCCUUGAUCGUAAUCUCAAGAUGGGCGUAUCCACAAAAACAAUCCAACAGAUCCUUCGUCGAGAUGAUGAUCAAUUUCGAUUCCCGAGCGUUGCCUUGGCACACCUUCAUCCUUUAUCACAACAUCCAUUGGACAAUGGCGAAUGGUACGCAUCACGUAAACUGGAUGGUGUGCGAUGUAUUGCUUUUGUCAAUCAUGAUGAUAUUCGUUUCUAUUCACGCACCGGUCGACGCUUUGAGACAUUGCAAAAAGUGGAAGAAGCCAUUCGUAGACGACAAAAGAAGAAGGAGGGUGGUGAUGGAUCAUUUGUAUUGGAUGGCGAGAUAUGCGUUUAUGACGAGCACAUGGAGGAUUUUAUCAGCGUCAUGAAGCAAAUCAGGACCAAGCAACCCAUGGAUCAUCCCGUCUAUGAAGUAUUUGAUUUGGUGGAUACACAAGGAUUCAUGAAAGGCGUUGAUCCCACCCCAUUUACAGAACGACAGCAGUAUCUGAAAUCAUGGAUUGGUCAUUCACAACCGCAUUUGAGGAUGGUGCCCCAAACAAGAAUCACAUCAAAGAAAAUGUUGAAGGAAAUGAAGGACAAGGCAGCCCGCCAUGGAUGGGAAGGAUUGGUUUUACGUCGAGAUACAGGGUAUCAGGGGAAACGAAGUCGCGACAUGAUCAAGAUUAAGAAAUGGAAGGACCAAGAAUUCAUUGUCAAAUCGAUCGAAACGGGACGAAUGAGGAUGCCAGAUACAGGUGAAGAUAAGGAGGUCAUGACAAGUGUUGUCAUUGAACACAAAGGUACAACGGUGAGUGUUGGAUCGGGGUUCACUCUUCAGCAGCGUAUGCGCUUUUUGCAAAAUCCGGAUCUUAUCAUUGGGAAACCCAUCACGGUGCAAUACUUUGCUGAAUCUCCUGGUGAAAACGGGCAGGCUUCUCUUCGAUUCCCUACCGUGAAGAUGGUUUAUGAAGAAGGUGUACGAGAUGUCUAA